CCAGGACAAGGUAGUUGCAGGCACUUUUUCUGGCCUAAGUACUGUAAAUAAAAUUAUUUUGUCACCUUUAAUCUUGCCUUGCUUGUCUUGCUCCCAGGUCAUAAUAGACAGGCACAAAGAAAAGGAGAGAAAGAAUAAAAUGAAGAUGGGACAACACUUUAGCCAAGCUUGGACUGAAGAUGGUGCUGGGAUUCUGCUGCCAGAGAGAAGGGCUCCACAGGUCCCUGUACCUGGUGCACAUCUUCAUUCUUGCAGGAGCGGGGUACUACUAUUUCCAGAUGUACAUGGGGAAACCGGCGCUGGACUAUGAGAAUGCUGAGAAAUCAACACAGCCAAGAGGGGAGACCGUGAGGCCGGUGUGGGGGCUGAUGGAUAAGUGCUACCCGGUGCCCGCUCAGGCCUCCCCCCAGACCACGGCCCCCAAGGAGGAAGAAGCACAAAAUGAUACCACCCCGCAGGAAGACACGGACAGUGUAUCUCAGGAGGAAGGGCAGGAAAAGAAAAUGGUCCAACAGGAAGUUGCAGUACAUCCAUCUGAAGAUUCGGAAGUGGAGAUGGAGGAGGAGAAGUGGUCUGGGAUGUGGGGAGCCCCACUUUGGAGAAAAUUCUGGCUGAGUUGGUUCCCGGCCUCUGACAACCCAAAGAUAAAGAGCCAUGAAUAAGAAGGGGUCCAAUAAAUCCUCCAGUUGCUGCUUCUAGAAGUCCAGCUUCAUCCUUUCACGGGCCCCAGGCUGCCCGGAGAGCAGGGGCAGUGUGCAGACCACACGCCACACUCUCCCUCCUGCCAACACAGGGCCUCGGCUGCCAGCCUGGGCUCUGCCCCGUAGUGCCCGCACCUCACACAGGCCCAGGGGCCAUGUAGGAAGGGUGGACCCUGUGGGGCCCCUGUCCUAGGGCGCUGAGGAGAGGCCGGGAUCCCUCGUGGAGAUGCUGCCGGCCCCGGCAAAGACAGCGCUCAGCCUCCAGCUCUGAGUGGCCUGUUCUCCAGCCCAGCCUGUUUCCGAAAGGCGCAUGAAGAACUCUGGAGGGCCUCCGACACCGCCCCCACCAGCCACUGUGGGAUGAAGACAGAGGGGGAAAGAGCACCCAGCUGUGGUGUGCAGAUUUCAGGUACCUGGGCUGGUACCACCAUGUCCCAAGCCGGGAGAACAAGAGAAAGCAAGCAUUUCUUAGGAAACUGUGCAGGAAAGUCGGGGAGGGCAGCCAGGCAGGGGUGAGGCAGGGCUGUGGCUGUAGUGAUGUGGGUCAGGGAGAGGCUUUUAUGGAGUUCGUGGACUUUGGGGAUCGGCUGUCUCUCUUUUUGUGAGCCUACUGUCCUGCCAUCUCUUUUUCAGACCAUAUUUCAAAGUUCUUAGGCAGGAACUGCUUGGCAGCUCAGUUUUCUUCUCUGCCUUCCAUCUGGCCCAAUUCAGGGGCUGCAUUUGCUUCCUCUUUCCUCCAGGCCUGUUCUUCCCAUUGGGCUCACCCACAGUCCACCUGGACUUUGUGGUUUCUCUGUCAUGUCUCCUUAAAUGGGGGCCCCACCUCAUUCAUCCCUACACCUGCCCUGAGCGAGGAUGUAGAUCAACCAGGAUCACAGCGACAGAAAUCACAGCAGAAAGAUAGGAGCUGUGAUUUUCUCAUUAUAGAAGGGGAAACACAAGCCCAGGUUCACCUAAUAUAGUGACAAAGGAAAAAGGGGAUCUCUCUCUCUCCCUGUCUCUCUCCUUUUAUGUCCCUAUCACUGCACAAGGGCAAGCCCGCCCUAGGGCCCCAGCCCACAGGUCUCCAUGUCUUUUCCCUGGUAACCUCUCUGGCCACUGUACUUGAGGGAAGCAGGCUCAGAUCCUUGACCACAGCCUCCCACUCCAGCCUGGCCAUAGAGGAAACUUCUCAGCCCAUAGGGGACAGAACACCAGCUUGCCUGAGGGGCCAGGGCAGCCGGUCAGUGCUGUGUCUGGGGGCUGCGAGGCUCAGCAAGGUGGCUCCCUGUUGGUUCCCAUCAGGCCUUGCCAGGGAGACUUUGGCUCCUGAUAGCUAACUGUGGAUGUUAAUGCUGACCCACUUCCUGCCUUCCUGAUAUACCCACUUCUUUGGGGUCUCAGGUAAGAAGUUGUGGCUGGGCCCAUAGCUUGAGUGGCAGAGGCCCUUGCCCAGCAGAUUCAUGGCUUGGAAUUCAAACCCAGCACUGUGUCUCCUGCCCCCCAAAAGGAAGCAGACAUAGGAUAAUGGCAAUGGGGUUAAAUGAGGUCUGCAGAUGCACUCUACUCUCCCCAUCACCCAGGACACAGAUACCACUUCCCUAAAGCUGGGGUGUGCUAUGCCGAGGUUUAACAUAGCAAUCCUCCAAUUAGGGUGCAGAGGUGACACACAGGUAGGAAAGGGGGCGGUCCUGGGGGUUCUGGUUAGAGCCAGCACGUGCGAUGUUGGGCACAGCUGUGCCGCUG